GUCUAAGUUUGACUAUCACGCAUGUUGUAACUUUUCUCAGCAUGCUUUCGAAAUACGUUAAUUAAAAGUAUACAUUAACAAUCUGGACACUCUGGUUAUUUUUUUAUAUAUACAUUGCUCAUUAAAAAGAAUUAUUCUUUCAUUGAUAGACAGAGAUUGCGAAUAAGUUAUUGCAUACAAUUAUAAUAUCUUUGCACAGAUGGAAUCAAUAUUAGAUUUUCGCAGUCCUCGGGCUAAUCGGAGGAGAAGGCAAAAGAGAUUAUCUCUUAGCGUAAAUCAUAAUGAGUCACUAAGUCGGUUUGAGGGAGAUGCUGCAGUUAAGAGUAAAGUCGUCAUUUUCAAUGGUUCAAAGAAUGAAAUGUUUACUUUGAGUGAAGGCUAUUCAGUCUUGUCCAGGCGUCUUAAAAUGGAAGGUUUCAAAACAUUCAGCAAUCAAGGUGACAUUACUUCGGAUCUUCUAUCCAAGGCAGGAGUGUUUGUAUUACCUGGACCACGAGAGAAAUUCACUAUUACUGAGAUUAAUCAUUUAAGAGAAUAUGUGGAUAAAGGUGGCAGCAUCUUUGUUACAAUGGGUGAAGGAGGAGAAAAAAGUUUUCAGACCAAUAUAAAUUUUCUCUUAGAAGAAAGAGGCAUCAUGAUAAAUAAUGAUGCAGUAGUUAGAACUGUGUAUCAUAAAUAUCACCACCCAAAGGAAGUGAUGGUAUCCAAUGGUGUGCUCAACAGAUCAAUAACCUUAGCUGCUGGGAAAAGUAUUCCGGGUCAGAAUCUUACUGAAUCAAAUAAUGCACAAGCAUUGUCUUUUCUUUACCCUUAUGGAGCUACUUUGAAUGUUGCUAAACCAGCAGUUGCAGUCCUUUCAUCUGGAAGUGUUUCUUUUCCUCUCAACCGUCCUGUUUGUGCCUUUUAUCAGCAUCCUACGUCCAGUGGAAAAAUAGUUGUUCUUGGAUCUACUCAUAUGUUCUGUGAUACUUAUAUAGAUUAUGAAGAAAAUUUAAAAAUUGUGAAUGUUAUUUUCAACCAUUUAACAACAGCUGGUAUUCAGAUGAAUGCUAUUGAUGCAGAAGAUCCAGAGGUGUCUGAUUAUCAUAUGAUACCUUCAAUCGCCAAGCUCUCUGAACAUGCAUUCUCAUGUUUGCAAGAGUGUGAUGAAAUACCAAGUGAUCCAUCUGUACUAUAUCGUAGCAACCUGUUUCAGUUUGAUAAUAAAGUUUUACCUAAAGUUCUGAAAGCCUAUAAAGAAAUUAACAUGAAGCAUGAACCUCUGAAACUCAUCAUGCCUAGAUUUGAAACUCCUCUAGCACCUCUUCAACCUGCUGUUUUCCCACCCUCGUUUCGAGAACUACAAAAACCCGCUCUUGAACUUUUUGAUUUAGAUGAAGCGUUCAGCACAGAAAAAGCACGACUUGCUCAGUUGACGAACAAAUGCUCUGACGAAGAUCUUGAAUAUUUUAUCAGAGAGUGUGGAGAUAUUCUUAACAUAACAGAUAAACUGCCAUCUAGUAAUCGAGAUGGAAAACAUAUCAUUGAGUACAUUGUUUCUCAAGUGGCAGAGUUCAAAAAGUUAAAUCAAGCCAGUAUGGAAGGACUUUAAAUGUCUUAUUAUAUCUUCAGUAUCAUCGGAGUUUAAAAAAUUAUGCUUUCACCUUGUAUUUUUUAAUUCAUAAUAUUCAACAUAAAAUUCUAGUCUAAAUUUAUUGUUUAUAUUUUAUAAAUGUUACCUAGAAGUAUUUAAGAUACAUAUUUUGCACUCUAAUUUUCUUUCUAAAUGUUCAGCGUUUUACA